AUGUCCGAGUCCAAGCUUUCUCCCGAGGUCAUCGACCAUAUCUGCCAAGCCAUUGACACAGCAAGCGAUGAGCUGCGGCGCUUAAAUCUCGAGAUCUACAACAACCCAGAGACGAAAUACGAAGAAUUCAAAGCAUUCAAGCUGCUCACAACCUGGUUCGAGAGCCAAGGCUGGACAGUGAAGCGGUCAGUCUACGACAUUGAGACCGCCUUCGAAGCCCGCUUCACCGUCGGCGAGGGCGGCCGAACCGUAGCAUACAAUGCCGAAUACGACGCUCUCCCCAAGAUCGGCCACGCCUGCGGCCACAACCUCAUCGCCACCAGCACGCUCGCCUCCGCCCUCGGCACGGCGGCGGCCCUGCGCCACACGCAAACCGCCGGCACCGUCCUCGUCGUCGGCACGCCGGCCGAGGAGACGGGCGGCGGCAAGUACUACAUGGCGUUGCGGGGCGCGUGGCGCGACGCCCACGCGUGCCUGAUGACGCACCCGAUGCCCGACUUCUCGACGCCCGUGUGCGCGACCAAGGCGUCGUGGAAGUUCCGCGCGUACUUUCGCGGGCGCAGCGCGCACGCCGCCGCGGCGCCGUGGGAGGGCCGCAACGCGUGCGACGCCAUCGUCGGCGCGUACGAGGGCAUCGCGCGGCUGCGGCAGCACCUGAACACGACCAAGGACGGCGGCGAGAGCGUGCAGGGGGUGAUAUUGAAGGCGGGGGAGGCGCCGAACGUGGUGCCGGAUUACGCGGAGGGUACUUUUAGUAUCCGCGCACGCAACACGGCGGGCUUGCACAGGCUGCGGGAAAGGGUGGAGCCGGUGUUCACGGGCGCGGCGGCGGCGGCGGGCUGCGAGGUCGAGCUGUGCUGGGACGCGCUGUACGAGGAUGUGGUCACGAAUGUGGCGCUGGCGGGGCGGUACCGCGAAUACAUGUUGGCUAGGCUCGGCAUGUCGCCCGACGAGAUGGUGCCGCUUGAUGAGGCGGCGCGCAAGCACGAGCAGAAUGGUAGCUCCGACAUGGGCAACGUCACGUACGUCUGCCCCGGCAUCCAGCCCAUGUUCCGCAUCGACGCCGCCGGCCCGCCGCACACGCCCAAGUUCCAGGAGGCGGCGGGGACGACCUUCGCGCACGAGAAGGCGCUGCAGGCGGGCAAGGCGAAUGCGCUGGUGGGAUAUGAGGUGCUGGUGGACGACGGCUUCUACGGCGAGCUCACUCGCCGCAUGCUUGAGGUGCCGCCGCUUGAAAGUCAAAUGCGCGGGUCCGGCCAGCAUUCCGUGCCAGCGAUGCAAGAGCAGCGGAGCAGACUAUCUGACCGUUUUGCGAGGCUGGAGACCCAGCUUGCCCGCCUCACCGACGUUGUUGAGGGCAUGCGAGCCGAAUUGACGUCGAAGCCUGCGCAUCGCUCCUACGCUGAUCGCCCCGAGUUUAGUAAUCUUGCUGGUCCCUGGCAAUCCUCUGCAUCUCACCAAGAUCUGGUUGCGCGAGGAAUCAUCACCGACGACGAAUGCGUCCAGCUGUUCGAGACGUUUCUUUCACAAUGCAACGACACGGUCGCCAUUUUCGACGGCAUUCCGGAGACCCUCGACGUCAUCCGCCAGGAACCCAUCCUUCUGGCCGCAGUGUGCGCCGUUGGAUCCCGCGCAUCAUCCUCUCGCGAGGCCGAUCUGCACCAGAAAUGCCUCACUGAAGCGAGGUCCCUCAUCUCGUCCGUGGCCUUCGGCCCGGCGCCGAGCUUGCUGGCCCUGAGGGGCAUCAUGCUGAUCUGCGCCUGGUAUCGCUCCGACCGCCUGUGGGGUACGGUCAUUACGCUCGCCUACGAAAUGGGGCUGCACGAAGAUGCCUUGCGCUUGCCCGACGAGGCGAAGACGAUGGAUCGCGAUGAGAUCGAGAGGGCGAGGACAUGGCUUUCCAUCUUGACCUAUGAGAUGAUGGCGAAUACCUCUCGCCCGUACCUGGUUGAGAGCAGCCAACGAUACACAGACCUAGCCCGACAUUUAGCCCUGUCGCCAUUCAGUAGGCCUGUCGAUCAGCGCAUAAUGGCGUACCUGGAGCUGUUCAAGAUAAUUGUCGAAGGAAAGAACAAUGCACUCGGCGACCUGUCGAUUCCAGAGCAGGAGGCUCAGCUGGUGGCGCUCAACGCUGCCCUGGACACCUGGUUCCACCGCGUACACAACUCCAUCGACCCUCUCUACCAGACAUUUUCGAAGCCCCAGGACCGCAACCGACUGGUGAUACCCUACGCCUUUGCUCGACUAUACAUCAACGGCCGCGUCAUUGAUGGCGGUACCUUAUCGGGCGCUAUCCACGAAGCCGAGCAUUUCGCAUUAGCCGCCGUCAACGCCGCCGUCGAUGCAGCCUUCCUUCUGCUGUCGACUGCAUUCGACUCCAAGGCCCUAGCGCAAAGCCUGCGUUACACCAUUGACUACUCGAGCAUGACGCUGACGGCGGCCCUUUCAUUCCUGAGGCGGGUUGUGGCGCUGCGGCAAGCGACCGGGCUCCCGGUCAACGUGCCAGCCAUCGCCGAGAUUCUAGAAAGAGCGCGGGAUGCCUUCGAAAAUGCCCGCGCCUUUUCGCAUGCCGAGUGGACGAAGGGGUUGAUUGAGGAAUGCGUCUCAGCGUGCUGA